AUGUACUUCUUCCUCUGCAACCUGUCCUUGGCUGACAUAGGUUUUGUCUCUGCCACUGUCCCCAAGAUGGUUGCGAACAUCCAAACUCAGAGCAGAGUCAUAUCCUAUGCAGACUGCCUGACACAGAUGUCUAUUUUCAUCCUUUAUGGAUGUUUGGAUAGUCUCCUCCCGACUGUGAUGGCCUAUGACAGGUUUGUGUCCAUCGGUCACCCCCUGCACUACCCUGUCAGCAUGAACACACACCUCUGCUGCUUCUUGGUUUUGACAUCUUUUUGGGUCAGCCUUUUGGACUCCCAUGUUCACCAUUGGAUUGUGAUAAGACUUACCUGUUUCAAGGAUGUGGAAAUUACUAAUUUCUUCUGCAACCCUUCUCAACUCCUCAAUCUUGCCUGUUCUGACAUUUUCACAAAUAACAUUAUCGUAUAUUUUGCUGGUGGCAUUUUUGGCUUUAUCCCUAUAUCAGGAAUCUUUUUCUCUUACUGUAAAAUUCUUUCCUCCAUUCUGAGAGUGCCUUAAUUAGGUCAGAAGUAGGCCUUCUCCACCUGUGGCCCUCAGCGAGUUAUUUGCUUAUUUUAUGGAACAGGCCUUGGGGUUUACCUCAGCUCACCAUCUCUCCAUUCUCCCAGGAAGAAUGAAGUGGCCUCAGUGAUGUACACUGUGGGCUGUUUUGGUAUAGAUUCAAGCCACAUCAUUCCUCAGAGUGUCCUGGCCAUUAUCCCCUUGAUAGGAGUUGAUGAAACUUGUCCUCUGUCCACUGUUGCUGAAGAGAAAUACAGAGACAGAAUUUUUAGUGAAGGAGGAAAAUACAGUUGUAUUGCUUUGCCAGGGGAUCCACUUGACCACUUGACACUGUAUGACCAGAGCAGUAGAGUGGAGUCUGCAGAAGUACUCAGUGUGAUAGGAUGGAACAGGAAAAUUACACAGGUAGUUGUAGAUGUCCCAAAAGGGGACCAUUGA